AUGAAUGACUUGAAUGCAGCCGAAAGGCAAUUAGCCAUCAAUGAAGUGCGAGUAUUAUCAAUAUUAGACAAUCAAAAUAUUGUCAGCUAUUAUGAUAGCUUUGAAAGCAAUGGCAACAUAUAUAUCGAGAUGGAAUACGCGGACGCCGGAACUCUAGCCGAGUUUUUGUCACAAUUAUCAGCACCUCUUCAAGAGUAUGAGAUUCUACUCAUAUUCAGACAAAUUGUUUCUGCUGUCAGUUAUAUGCAUGAAAACAAUAUCCUUCACAGAGAUAUUAAAACGGCUAAUAUUUUCCUUAAUAAAGAGGGAUAUAUCAAAGUCGGAGACUUUGGUAUCUCUAAACUAUUGACUACUAGAAGAGUCGCCGAAUCUGUUGUGGGAACGCCUUAUUACAUAAGUCCUGAGAUCUGUCAAUCAAAGCCUUACACUAAAUCAUCGGACAUUUGGUCAUUGGGUUGUGUGCUCUACGAACUCGCUAUGAGACACAAGACCUUUGAAGGCUCUAAUCUUCCUGGUCAAUUCCCACCCGUCAAACACAACUAUUCCGAUGAGUUUCGGAAUUUGAUAAAUGAAUUAUUGAAUAGAAAUCCCGAUUUGCGUCCAACAGCUCAGGAAGUGAUGGAUAGUUUGGUUCGUUUGCUAAAUAAGCAACAAUUGGAUAGAAUUCAGAUGUGGUCUCAAUACCAAGAAAUGCCCACUUCUGUCAUGACUUCUGGUAUAAUAAUCCAAAACAGUAGUUCUGUGAGAUAUCCGCGUUCAGCCGUAUAUGAGGUCCAGAUUCGUGAACCACAUAUCAAAUUGUCUUCAGUCUUAUUGCCGCCAAAAAUUAGGAUCAAAGAGUUAAGUAAAAGUUCGACACAUUUUUUAGCGCUAUCCUAUAAUUCAGUGGUGUAUUCGUGGGGAACGGGUAGUAAAGGACAGUUAGGUUUGGGUGAAUCGGUGCUCAACUCCGCCGAACCGACACGUAUUCACUCAAUUAGUAAUCGAAAUAUUGUCCGCAUUUGUGCCUCCGAUGGCUUCAGUUUGUUUGUCAGUAAGAAUGGACUCGUAAUGACGUGCGGAGACCAUGAAAGUGGAUGUUUGGGCCGAAUAGACACCAUUCCCUGCUUUACACCCAAAUUAGUGGACACUUUGCUCAGUGCAGACGUUUCUUGUAUCGGUUGCGGACCAAAUCACGUAUCAGUUGUCACCGGCGAUGGAAAAGCUUAUUCGUGGGGAUCUAAUAUUGAUGGCAGACUUGGCAUUGAUUCUCAUAUGACGAGCGUUGAGUUGCCCACAAGUGUUGUCUUUCCCGACGAAGUGAUUAUCAAAAAUGUGUUUUGCGGACACGACUGCACAGCUUUCAUCGAUGAUAACGGAUUUGUAUGGAUUUGCGGCAAUAAUUACUCCAAUAAACUGGGACUCAAUGAAAAACUACAAUUUCGGACAAUAAAAGUGAACACCAAAUGGAUUCCAACAAAAUUAAAAUGGAUUAAACAUAGAGUCCUUUCCGUUUCGUUAGGCGUUAAUCACUCGGCGUUUGUCAUCGAAGACGGAAAGCUGAUCACGUGUGGAGUCAAUUGUGACGGACAGUUAGGUUUAGGUCACGUCCGGUCAAAAUCUAAACUUAAUUUUGUGAAACAAAUGUCAGAACAAAAAAUAAUUAGAGUGCAAACGGGUCUGACAUUUACGGUGGCCUCCAAUUGCGAGAAUGUGAUCUACUUCUGGGGCGGACGACCACUCAAUUCUGUCUCGAGUGACGGUAAAUGCAAUCAAUCACUGAUGAAUGUGGUGGAGAGUGUGGGUCCGGACCACCCGAUCGUACAAAUACGUGACCCGCAGAUCAUAAUCGAUAACUUGUCUGACCUCUCGCUUCUCAGUUCAACGAAUAAAGCAAUUAUUCUGAAACCGCAACCAAUUGUUUCACUUUAUGCAUCGCCUGUCCAUUUACACCAGGGAGACGCUGUAGGUCUGGCCAACCUCUAUGUGUUUCCAGACGACAGCGUUUACAUAGUUAUCGACACAACUAUUCCAUUAAAUACAGAAAAUACGGAUUUAAGUCAACAAACGCUGAGUUUGUCAACAGUUCCAGAAGAAGAGGAUACACUCGUUAAGGCCUCCGUUUACUCCAAUAAUUCUGACACUAAUUUAAGCCAAAAUAUUCCCGAAUGGAUUAGAAAAGAGAUGGAAGAGAACAAUAGUGCCAUUGAUUUGGAUUCCAGACUAAAUUCAAUGCCAAUAAUGUUGGAGAGUAUGAAUACAAACAGCGAUUGCUGUGAAUGUCGUCAAGAAAUAAAUGCACUGAGAAAUGAAUUGCAACAAAAAGAUAAUAUAAUUUCCACUCUUCAGAGUCUGAACCGAGAAUUAGACGAACAGAACAUACGAUUAAAAAGAAGAGAACAAGAAUUGAACAAAAAGUUUUCUCUUUGCAAACAGUGCUCUAUUAUAUAUGUACAGUUGAACAAAGACUUCAUCAGAUUAAGCGAGAAGAGCUUUGAACUGAUCUUCAGUCUCGAGUACACAAACAAAAAGUGCUGA